CACCUACACACACACGUCUGAAUCCGAAAAGAAACAAAGCUCUCUUGCAUUUCCAUAGAAACAAACACGACAGACAGCACAAACACAUAUAGAGGAAGAGAACAACGAUAGGAGACAAGAGAAAUGGCAUCGAAAACUCGACCCACGAGCCUUGAAGGUCCACGAAACCAGGAGCGGACCGAGCUGAGCGCUUCGGGCUCACAGUAUGAAACUAUGGACAGCACGGGUCCUUUGCCGGGUGUGGCUGCGUCUGUUUAUCGUUGCGAGCGCUACGGAUGGGGAACCUGCCUCCGAACUAUCUUGGAAGGGAUUCACGACACUGCGUGUCCUCUCCAAAGCCUACAGGGACAAGAAGAGACCAUUGUGAAGCACAUCUACUCUUUUCUGGCCUCCAAAUGGGCACACCACGUGGAGGAUUUCCCCAGCUCCAAGGCAAUGACAGUGGAUAUGACCUUGAUGGACGCAAGGACGCCCCUUGCUACCCGUGCCUCUGUCCUUCGUUUGGAUUCCUGCACCUCUCUCAUUGAUGGCUCCGAUAAAGUUGACCAAGAUUUUGAUGAUGACAGGGCCGAAUACGAUGUCUAG